AGGCAAAGAUUGACGGACAACAACAAAAGAAACCAUUGCAGAAGUCACUGUGGCAAAGACUUCAUUGCACAACUAUUUUGCUUGAAUCACCUUCAUUUGUGUAGUAAAAUCGUUCUUAUCUUGUGCAUUCGGCAGUGAUGAGCUCCAAAAAGCUUGCGUCUUCAUCCAGUAAUCGUUCGAUCGAUGAGUGUCGUCCUUCUACCUCCGGAUGCAGCUCUAAACAAUCGAAUUCCUGUUCAUCACCAGCUAAGGACAGCUGCGGCUCUUCCAUUAGUAGCGCUAAGAAGUCGAUUCCGCUGGAACCUACUCCUUCCAAAUGGGUUAGUCUAAAUGUGGGUGGCAAAGUGUUCACCACUACGCUCAGUACGUUGCAGAACAAAGAGCCGCGCAGCAUGCUGGCCCGUAUGUUCGCCCAGGAGGACGCGAUGUGUCCUAGUGACACGGACAGCCGGGGUGCCUUUCUGAUCGAUAGAAGUUCGCAAUAUUUCGAGCCAAUAUUGAACUAUUUGCGCCACGGACAGCUGAUUUACGAUGGCCAUCUGAGUCUGGAAGGAAUUCUCGAGGAGGCUAGGUUUUUCGGUAUCGAUGGUCUAAUUCCGCAGCUGGAAAGUCUGGUGCAGCAACAGCAGGCAGCCACAAUGGAGGAUUUGCCACUGACGAGGCGAGAUGUAAUUAGCGCUCUGAUUAAGACGUCCCAAAUGACUGAGCUACGAUUCCAGGGCGUUAAUCUUGCCGGAGCGGACCUGCGAAAGCUAGAUCUUCGUCAUAUCAAUUUUAAGUAUGCCUGUCUGCAGCGAUGCAAUCUCUCGCUGGCAAAUCUGAACUACUGCUGCCUGGAGAGAGCCGAUCUCAGCUUCGCUAAUUUGGAAGGUGCUCAACUGCUUUCCGUGAAGGGUCUCUGUGCCAACAUGGAGGGUGCCAAUCUGCAGGGAUGUAACUUUGAAGAUCCCACCGGGGUGAGGAGUAACCUGGAGGGGGUCAAUCUGAAGGGGGCUUGCCUGGAGAAUAGCAAUAUGGCUGGCGUCAAUCUGCGGGUGGCGAAUCUACGGAACGCCAAUCUGAAGAACUGCAAUCUUAGAGCCGCGGUGCUUGCGGGGGCCGAUCUGGAGCGCUGCAAUCUGUCUGGCAGCGAUUUGCAGGAAGCGAAUUUACGGGGUGCUAACUUCAAAGAUGCCCAACUGGAACUUAUGCUCACGCCUUUACAUAUGUCGCAAGCAAUCCGUUAAAUACUCGGCGGAGUUGACGAUGAUAAUGUCUGCAUUACUGAGAGAAUUAUAAAAUAUAAAUAGUCGUUAAAAACCUAGUUCCGGGUAGAAGUUACUAUAUGUAACUGAAAUUCAAGCGGUUAGAAGACUGUAAAGAACUUGCUUUCGGUUGAUACCAAUGUAGGGCACCAUUUUGCACCCUUAAAGUCGUGUGCAUUUAUUUAUUUGCAAUAAUUAUACAUAAUCACUGGUAAAUAGAAAAUAUAUUACAACUGUAGCUAUUACAGUCUGACUUGAUUACAGUUAGGCAGAGCGAAUUUAUGACGGUCAAUA